UUCUUCGUUGCACGCUUUUCCGAGCGGAACACCUGAGGGUGCAGCACGCCAAUGUCUACUACAAGAGCCCGACAUCGCAGUUAAGCCGGCGGUACAACCAAAUGAAUCUUCUCUUGGAAGGCAACUUCUUCGGACAGCAACAAAAUCAGAAAUUUGACGGGAUCUAUAGCCGCGGAGGAACGUACUUUCUAACCUUUUCCAAACAAUCAAGUUUGGUCACCGACAUCUACUCAGACAACGUCUCAGUACUUGCGCACGACAGUCUUCUGGUGCAGUCCUGGCUAGUCGGCGCCGGUGGGAAAAUAGGACCCGUGUGCAGAGGCAACAGCUCUGUCUUGGACUCCUCGUACAUCAACCUUCACAUGAGCGGGAAGUCGUGGAAAUGGAGCAAUACCGAAGAUCACAGCAAGUGGGCUGUGGGUGUGAACACGCCGUUGUUCUGCCUUGGAUCUCUCAAUCGAAUGGUAUCGCAGAAGUCCCGUGGCGGUCAGGUGACCUGCAUGAACAACCCAAUGGUCCACCGUCUCUUCAAAAGCGCUCACGAGACGAGCGAGCACUGCUGAUGACACAUUCGUGGGUUGCAAUGGCCAAGAUGCUUCAUUGUAGCAUGAUAUAUAUGUGCACACAAUAAUAGA